AUGACAUCUUCGUCGACCGCGAGAUCCAUGACCACGUCGGAUGGGCUAUACUACCAGCGGGACGUGAUUGUCCCCAAGGGCUGGUCGGAAGAGCGAUACUUUGUGCGCGCCGAAUCCGCCACGCAUGAAGGCCAGAUCUAUGUCAACGACCGUCUAGUCGCUUCUCAUGUAGGCGGUUACACGCCAUUCGAGGCUGAUAUGACCGAUCUUGUGACUGCGGGCCAGCAGUUCCGUCUUACCAUCGCGGUCAACAACAUUGUCACGUUUCAGAUCUCCCUCCUGGAAAGGUGGUGGUUAGCAAGUUGA